AUGGGGCCUAAAAUCGAUAUUGGUGCAGAAAUUGUACGUCUAACCGCCAAAAGAGAGACGUACUUCUCAAUUGUGCAAGAAACGUACGAUCUAUCACAACAGAUUGAUGUACCAUCAAACAAGACACAAUUUCUCGAAAAUUUAUACAUUUCUGAAAAUGCUCGUGAACAAUUCAUUCAAUUGUGUGAUGAAAUAAACAAAUUAAAAUAUUUAGAUAAUCCUAGUUUUAUUCCGGAAUAUUCUGCAAUAAAGGCCCUUGAAACGAUGUACGCCAAAAUAAAACACGCUGAGAAAUUAUUAGAGAAUAAAAAUGUGCAUAGUUCUUCAAUUAAAGACGUUGUACCCAAACAACAUUUACCGUCCAUUGAAGUACCUAAAUUCUCAGGUGAUAUUCAACAAUGGCCAUUGUUCUAUGAAACAUUUAAUUCACUAAUUCAUGAAAAUACCGAGUUAGAUAAUGUAUCAAAAUUCCAUUUUUUAAAAGGAGCGUUACAGGGUCCGGUAUUAAAAAUAUUUCAUUCGAUACUACCGACCGCAAAUAAUUAUCAAAUUCUUUGGGAAGCGCUCAUCAAAAAAUACCAAAAUAAACGCUACUUAGCCACAAAUUAUUUCAAGCAACUAUUAUCAUUCAAAACCAUUUCAUCUGGACAAAUAAAUUCAUUCCUUGAAAAAUUCGAUACCGCGGUGCAAGCGCUCUCCCAAUUGAAUAUUCCCGACGCCUAUGAUUUCCUUAUUACGUCACUGGCAUUCUCGAAACUCGAUCCGUUGUUACAAGAAAAAUUCGAGCAUUUUUAUCAAGUCGAAAAAGAAAGUUCCUCUACGCCUUUACGCGUUGUGUUUGAUGCAUCUGCGAAAAAUUCAGAAUUCACUUCCUUGAACGAAAUUUUGCAUGUUGGUCCUAAUUUACAAACCGACAUUUGUUCAAUCCUUCUAAAUUUUCGUUUCGGGCCUAUAGCAUUAACAGCUGAUAUCAAACAAAUGUAUCGUAAUAUUUGGGUUCGUAAACAAGAUAGAAAAUAUCAAGAAAUCUUAUGGAGACCGUUUCCCGAUGCACCCAUUGGCAUCUAUGAAUUAAAUACUGUAACUUUUGGUCUAUCGUCAUCUCCCUUUCAAGCUAUCAGAACCAUCAAACAACUUUCCCGAGACGAAUGUUCCAAAUAUUCUCAAUCUAUUUCUAGAAUUCUUGAGAACGAUGUCUAUAUUGAUGAUGUGGUUACAAGUAUCGACUCCUUGGAUAGCGCUAAAACCAUUUGCGAAGGUUUGCAGACUGUAUUAUCGUCUGGUGGUUUUGAAUUAAAAAAGUGGGAAUCUAAUAAUUCUAAUCUGCGUAAACUUUUUCCUGAUUCUGAUGUACAAAAUAAACAUUUCUCUAAAUCGGAUUUUCAAAUGGAAUCUUCUACAAAGGUAUUGGGAUUAAAAUGGGAUCCCUUAUCAGAUAAUUUUUCAAUCGAAAUAAAGCUUACGUGGAGAAAAUGGACAAAGAGACAACUUCUUUCAGUAAUAGCGCGAAUCUGGGAUCCUCUGGGUUUCCUAACUCCGAUAGUUGUUAAGAUAAAAAUAUUAUUGAAAAAAAUUUGGACAUUAAAAAUCGAUUGGGAUGAGGAAUUACCAUCAUUUAUUAUUACAUCAUGGUUAGCCGUAUAUUCCGAAUUAGAGCAUCUUAAUAACUAUCAGAUUCCGCGUUAUCUCGAAACGUCAAAACAAAACAAAUGUACAUUAUUUGGUUUCGCGGAUAGCUCAGAGCAAGCGUAUGGAGCGGUAGUUUAUAUUAAAUCUCUUGGCAAUCCGAAUUUCUUAUUGAUUUCAAAAUCACGAGUAACACCGAUUAAAAACCAAACAUUAGCCAGGCUUGAACUUUGUGCCUGUCAUUUACUGUCAAAACUUCUGAAUUUUAUAUUAACGAAUAACCAACAUAGUAUAGAUUUUGAUUCCAUUUACUGUUUUUCCGAUUCUAUGAUUGUCCUUCACUGGUUAGCAGGACCGGCUACUCGUUGGAAAACAUUUGUAGCCAAUAGGGUAACAAAAAUACGGGAUCUCAUUCCUAAUGCACAAUGGCUUCACAUUCCUUCUAAUCAAAAUGCAGCCGAUUGUGUUUCUCGAGGUCUUCGACCUAAGGAUUUUAUCCAACAUAAGAAUUGGUUGUUUGGGCCGGAUUGGUUAAACGGUCCUAUAUCAACUUGGCCUGCAAAAACGGUUGAACCUUCCGGAGAUAUUGAUCAAGAAAGAAAAGCUAACGUUCUAUUAGUAAAGAGUGUCAUACCAUCGAUCAAUCCUUUAUAUGAAUUAACGCAAAAAUUUUCUAAUUGGUGCAAACUUGUAAGAAUUUUCGCUUAUAUAUUGAAGUUUUGUAAAAUUAUAACAAAUCGAAACCGACUUUUGACUUCAGAUUUGAAACAAGCCGAGGUAAUUAUUAUUCGUUUAGUCCAAGAACAUCAUUUUCCCGAAGAAUUCAAACUAUUAACGAACGGAAAGUCUUGUUCGAAGAAGUUUUGCCGACUAAAUUUGGUUUUGGAUUCUAAUAAUUGUUUACGCGUUAAAGGUAGAUUAGGAUUAACAACUAAUAACAAUCCAUUUCUUUUGCCAAAAAAAGACCAAGUAGUAAAUUGUCUUAUAGAUUACUACCAUAUUAAUAAUUUACAUACUGGAUCAAACUUAGUAUUAUCUUUAUUGAGGCAAAAAUAUUGGAUCUUGUCGGCUCGUGCAAUAAUUCGUAAUCGUCUUCACAAGUGUAUAACUUGUUUUCGACAGAAUCCGAAACCCAUUUUUCCAUUCAUGGGCGACUUACCAGUACCGCGCAUAACAGCCAGUAGAGCUUUCCUAAACGUCGGCGUUGAUUAUGCAGGCCCCUUCAAUAUCUCCAUGAGUCGUCACAGAGGCGCUCGAACCUACAAGGCUUAUUCGAGCCGGAUCUGA